AUGCUCAUCUUUGGUAUGAACACCGUCAUCCUUAUCGAAUUUGACACCAUGUCUCACUCUGAAUCCCUCUUCGACGUCAUCUUCUGCUACUUCCCAAUCACCUUUAAACCCCCUCCAGAUGACCCUUACGGUAUUUCAACUGACGACCUCAGAUUCGCGUUGAGACAAAACAUUUGCUCAUCCCCUCACUUCGCUCAGCAAGCAAUCCCCCUGCUGAUCGAUAAACUCACAGCAACCUCUGGUCCUGUUAAACGUGACACUCUCCUCACUAUCACUCACGCUUUACCCGUUUAUGGCUUUGGUCAUGUGUCUCAGAAGUCUCGCAGCUUAUGGGACGCUAUUAGCAUUGAAAUUCUCUAUUCUACCGACACUCACACUGAAAACGUCGCUCUCGAUUCUCUUCAAUCUCUCAUCACAACCCUCUACCCAGACACUCACCCAACUGAGCUGUUAAAUGCCACGGAACUACCAGGCAUCGCAAAUCUAAUAUUUGAUGUCUGCCACGAUGCUAUCAAACAACCCGAGAAAUCCAAGUCAACCCCUGCUAUCAAAAUCUUGGCCACCCUCAUCCAAUCCUCCCCAGCCACACUCGCAAGACCCCUCACACACUCCACUCUCAUUCCACUCCUCGAGUUGUUUGCUGUACCCGCCGACCCAACCCAGCCUCCACCAAUACUCAACCACAUCCAUGCCAUCUUGGUUGCCUUGUCCAAGGUCUAUGCUGAUCAAGGUAGAUCAUUCCUUCACGACAAUCCCAUCAAUCCUAGCCUCAAGGAACAACUCAACAACACACUCACAUCCACGAUCAACAACAAACCCCUCAGAAGUCCUGCUUUAGCUGCCUUCACUCAAACUUUACACAUCCAUGGUUACUGGGAUUUCAACGUCGAUGGCGUGCAAAUAGCCAAUAUACUUAUUGACUUUGUCAAAGAUCCCAAUCAAGACCCCCACGUACGUCUCGUUGCAAUCGAAGGAUUGCUUUGUUUGGGUCAGGAUAUUCUACACAACAUCGUUCUCCCCUCACUUCUCACCUCCAUACCUACCUCGGUCGACUCCUCCACUGACUGGAAACCGAUCAGAGCCAUUCUCGCCUCAAUCACUGCUUUGGCUGUCGAUGGUGCGCUAUUCGAGGACUUUGUAUUGGGUGUAGAGGCAAAAAUGAAUCAAGUCAGCGGCGACUCGUUGAAUCUCGCCUAUGUCAACAUUCUUCUCUCGACACUGUUAGUAAUCAUUGAAGAGAAGGCUGCGAAAAAACAUCAAGACAUCUCACAGUACACUUGCUCAAUCCUCUCGAAGUUAUUCGUUUUCUUCGUGAUUGCUCAUCCAGGUUCAGUCAACGAAACUCGCCUAGUAGAAACGGCUAGUAGAUUGAUUCAGGCUAUUGUGAGGAGUUUCGACGUUUCACAGCAGCAGAUACUGGCUAGGCAUGUCAUGAACGCCCUUAUCAAUGGCUACUGGCAGGGUCUGUUAGGUACUGAGGAUGACAUCAUCCACCAACCUCCGCUCAGUACAAACUCUACGCACAGAGCUUUCUUCCCUCUGCUCGCCUCUGCACUUAUACCAAUAAAGCGAGAGGUGAAUCUUCCGCUCGCGAGUGAGUCUGUGUCGGAACUGCAGUCUCUCUCGGAAUUUGCAACGACCCUCACACGCUGGUCAAUGCAAUCUGCAUCUACCCCUACUCAACAAAUUGCAUCGCAACAUCUGCUCGCGAAUCUCACCAAUAAGCGCAUCGAAAGUUUGUCAGAAUACACAACACACCUACUGGGAGAAUGGCCUGAGCGGACGAGCGCAGAAAGCAGUGCGAAUUCCAUCUUUCUCAUUAUUAUACAGUGGAUUGCAAAAGGAGCACUAUGUCGUAACCACGCAUUAGGUGUGGAGUUCGUAACCAAAUUGCUCGAUCUCAUCACCAGUCACUCUGUCUAUGCGGAUAGAGUUGCUGGCGUCAUCGGCGCGAUUGCGGACGAUAGCAACGAUGGCGUCCUCGAUAGGAAACGCUCAAAUGGCGUAUCUUCUCUCUUACAUAAACAGAGAUUCUUUGAUGUCAUCUUCCCAGUUGUAGUCGAACGUUAUGAGAGUGCUGCAUCGAGAAGCGAGGAUACUACGAGCGCAAAAUACUUGGCUACGCUCGCACACCUUAUUCAACACAUGCCCAAAUCACUCGCUUUGGCUAAAUUGCCUCAGAUAUUCCCUAUUCUUUUGAUCGCUCUGUCUCUCAAUGAUGCUGCUCUUAGAUCUAGCGUUAUUGAGACUAUCACUGUGCUUAUCCUCACUGAGGAGACCAUCGCACAUACUGUACAGCAGCACAUGUCUUCUCUCAUUACAUCACUUCUCUCUUUCUCCACAGAUUCUGAACGUUCUUCUGUCCGCCUGCGUGUAUCCGCUCUCAAACUCCUCGGCGUUUUCCCACGCGUUAUUCGUAAAGAUAUUCUCGAACAAUUCAAGUUACAAAUCGUUCGUCAGCUCGUCGUCGCUUUAGAUGAUCCCAUCAAAUUGGUUAGGAAAGAAGCUGUAGACGCCAGGGAGUUCUGGUUACAGGUCUAA